AGUAAAUGUAUUGCAUAUACGCAUUGAUUUAAGAUUCUGGAUUGACUUAGUGAUUGUGUUGUGUCUCUCAGAAGUUGUGAAAGUGUUUGAAGUUCUGAAGAAGAUGCACACCCAAUGGAGAGACGGCGGGGAAUGGAAGAAGGAGAAGCUACCAUUGACCACACCUAGUGAUGAAGCUUGUAAGAUGUAUGAUGCUGUUGUUACACAGUACGUAGGCUGGUACGACGAGCCGUCUGUUGGUGGAAUUGAACAUUCCGUGGAUAAAAUGAUAGCUGCUGAUCCGGAUUUUGUAAUGGGUAACGUUUUAAAAAAUGGAUUGGAUUUGCUGGGCACAGGGAAGACCGUCACCCUAGAUCCAGAUUUCAAAUUGGACAUAGAAAAACUCAGAGAACUCUGUCAGAAAAGAAACAUCAGCAAUCGGGAAAAACUACACGCGGAUGCCAUCACACAAUUUGCUCAAGGGUCAGUACGUCGUUAUUUCGGAGCAUUACUGUUAAGAACAUCAGUAUUUUGGAGCAUCACUUUUAAGAACAUCAUUAUUUAGGAGCAUUGCUGUUAAGAACAUCAUUAUUUAGGAGCAUUGCUGUUAAGAACAUCAUUAUUUUGGAGCAUUGUUGUUAAGAACAUCAUUAUUUAGGAACAUCACUGUUAAGAACAUCAUUAUUUAGGAACAUCACUGUUAAGAACAUCAUAUAGGAACGUCA